AUGUCCGCCAUUGCCACCGGCAGGGCCUGCAGUCGGUGCUAUGAAGCCAAACGAAAGUGCGAUCAGAUGUUACCCUCAUGCCGCCUCUGCAGGAGGAAAGGACUAGCAUGCGUGUAUCCGUCUCGCAGACCAUCGAGCUUCGUAACAAUCGGUCCUGACAGCCUUCCUCAUAGUACCGAUUCACCUGACCACCAGACGAUGAGCAAUGAGCUCUCCGUCGCCGGAAUCUCCCCUGACCUCGCUCUAGACUUUGGGAAUCCGACAGACCUAUCUUUCACCGACGAUGCGCGCGCUGCUUGGUUUACAGCACCCGAAGCCUUCAUGGUCAAUCACUCGCUCAUGCCUUUACCACCAAAUUUCAAGAUCCAAGAUCUGAAAGAGUUUGUGCGGCUUAUCGAGAGUUGGUUGGCGAUCUGGGUAACCAACGGAAGCAACGCUUUCAUCCAUUCUCAUCUGUAUGGCAACAGCUUUCCAUCGUGUCUGCAAAUUGCCUUUGCUACUUAUUCGGCCUAUAUUAAUAGGGCAACUACUGCGAGCGAAAUUAUUCUUCGUAGCGUCAACGAUCAAGCGACGACCUUGGUAUCCGAAUUAGACCGAAUCCACGGCUCAAAAGACCUCGUGAAGGACCUCGCCUAUAUUCACGCCCUAUUCACAUAUCAAAUGAUAGGCCUAUUUGAUGGUGAUAUACGUUCGCGCCACCUUGCAGAGAGCCGCGCCCCAGUUCUAGCAGAACUGCUUGAUCGGACGCUCAAGAAUGCCAGCGCAGCGCUGAAACAAGAGAUGUCGAUGGAUGGGCCUUCAUUCUCUCUCGCUCAUUUGCUUGCACCUACUGAGCUUUUGUGGCGAGCAUGGAUCAUUUCUGAGAGCUUGAGGCGAACGUGGCUCGUAAUUCAAGGCAUCAGUGCGUCAUAUGAUGGUCUUAAACAAGGAUGGGCACCAUGCAAUGGCGAUGUCAUGUUCACCACUCGCGAAGGGUUGUGGUCAGCGAAUUCCGGGUCGGCGUGGGCCAAGAUGUCUAUAGACCAAGACGUUCGGUUCGUCGGACGCACGCACGCGGAGUGUCUUUUCAUGGUCGCACCAGAAGAGACCGAUGAGUUUGCAAAGUUCAUGCUAGAGAAUAUCUUUGGGAAAGAGAGGUCUUCGGACUGGUUGGGUGGAACACGGUGUGUGGACACUGCGACUACGUUCGAGCCUCCCAGUCUCAGACACCUCCAGACUUAG